ACUUUGUCUUUUUUAAUUUAUCCAAUUGUUUUUGUUUUCCAACAGAACAUAGAGUGUAUGAGAUGGAAGGUGGAAAGGGAACAGUGAAAGGCGUGGCUCUCAUCAUCGGAGAUAACAACGUUAGAGGUUCUCUUCACUUUCUUCAACACCCCAAUGGGAAUUAUACACAUGUAACUGGAAAGAUAACAGGGUUGUCUCCAGGUCUUCAUGGAUUUCAUAUUCAUGCUCUUGGUGACACCACCAAUGGCUGCAACUCCACUGGUCCUCACUUCAAUCCACUCAAGAAGGAUCACGGAGCUCCUACCGAUGAUGAGCGACAUGCCGGUGAUUUGGGUAACAUUGUUGCAGGCCCUGAUGGAGUUGCUGAGAUUUCUAUCAGAGAUGGAAAGAUUCCACUAAGUGGAGUUCAUUCCAUACUCGGAAGGGCUGUCGUUGUUCAUGCCGAUCCUGAUGAUCUUGGAAGAGGUGGACAUGAGCUGAGCAAAACUACUGGAAAUGCAGGUGCAAGAGUAGCAUGCGGUAUCAUUGGACUCCAGUCAUCUGUUUAGGAUAGUUGGACUACAAUGUAUGUUGAUUUCUCUACAUCUAUAGCAAUUAUAAUGACUAGUCAAAAAGUUCUACAUUAUCAAGUUGUUCUAUGCGUAAUGGUUUCGACCAAGGCGACCUUAGUUUGCCUUCCCUUGAGUAGUUUCAACAUUUGAUCUUAUACAAUUUUCAGGUCAUUUAUAAAUAGUUUCUUUAUUGUCGAAA